AUGUAUGGCAUCAUUUUGCUUCCAAUAUGCGCCAUUUUGAUUGAAACGAUCAAUGCGCAAAAGGAAUCUGAUGAGGAGCUUGUUUAUGUGCAAGCAAUCUGGCGGCAUGGCGAUCGAGCACCAAAUCAUUUACCUUAUCCAAAUGAUAAAUACAAGGAGACUGCAUGGCCGAGAGGAUGGGGUCAAAUAACAAAUGUUAGAUGUUUGAAUGUAUUUGAGAUUGGAAUGAUGCAAAUGUAUGAACUCGGAGAAUUUUUUCGAAAAAGAUAUGCUUCGUUUAUUGCAAAUUUUAACAAAGAAGAUGUAAAUUUGGUAUCAUCGAGCUCGGAUCGUGCUAUAGUCAGUGGAUUAGCUAUGCUUCGUGGCUUCUUUCCAGCUAAUGGUCAAGAAGCAUGGCUGCACAAUGAACAGUGGCAACCGCUACCAUUUCAAAUAGAAACAACAGAUGCUUUGUUAAGACCGACAAAUUUCGAUUGUAAAACAUAUGAUUUGGAGAGUAAAAAGGAAAAUGAAGUAUUAUACAGAAAUAUAAGUGAGAAAUAUGCUGAUUUUUUCGAUUUCCUUGCCAAUGUUACUGGACAUAAGAAGGUGGAUUUCAAAAAGGCUGCCUCAUUGUAUGAUAUUCAACGAGAGAUGGAUAAUAACAUGACACAACCAUUGUGGGUGUAUCAGAUAUGGCCUCAAUUUGAUAAUAAGACGACAAUUGGUAUAAUACGUAAUUUGAAGAGAAUUCGUCGUAUCUCGGAGUUUAAUUCAGCAGGAAAGGCUCAAUUACGUGGGGGUUUAUUGAUGGAAGAUUGGAUUGAUCGAGCAAAAAAUGUGUCACUCGGAUUACCCGUUACUCCACGUAAAAUUAAGCUUUAUUCUGCUCAUGAUGGAACAGUGUUGGCACUAAUGUAUGCUUUGGGUGUCAGCAAUGAUUUGCUCGUUCCGUAUGCUUCGUGUGCCAUAAUGGAAAUAUAUAAAACGGCGAAUAAUCAUACAACAAUCAAGUUUUUUUACAAGAAUGGAACCAACAUCUAUCAGUUAGCACUACCCGGUUGCUCUUCAAAUGAUAAUUGCACAAUUGCGCAAGUUAAAAAAGCUAUUGCCACAAGAAGUGUUCAAAGUUUGCAACAGUUGAACGAGGCAAAAUUUUUUUUAGUGAUAUUAGAAUCAAAUAUUCGUUAG